AUGGCAAACAUGUCAUUCCUGCUUUUCUAUCCAACCGUGUUGUCACUGAGUGCUUUCUCCCUAACUCUACUCUAUGUCGUCUAUCGCGCAGCCUUGCCCCGUCCCAUCCCUGGUAUCCCAUAUAACAAGAACGCCAUAAAAUCUAUCCUAGGUGACGUGCCCGAGUGGUUCAAGUACAUCAAACAAAACAAUGGCCAAGCCUUGAACUGGUGGCAUCGACAGAUCGAAAAGCAUCAAUCUCCCAUCAUUCAGUUAUUCUUGAAGCCCUUUGGUCGUCCUAUUGUCAUCGUAGCCGACUUUCGUGAGGCCCAAGACAUCCUUCUACGCAGACACAGAGACUUUGAUCGCAGCCGAAUCUUUGAAGACAUCUUCAGCGGUGUCCUGCCUCACCACCAUAUCAUAAUGAAGACGACCGACAGAGUCAAGGCCCAGAAACGCCUGUUGGCCGACACUAUGCUGCCGUCUUUCUUGAACGAGGCAACGAUGAUGGAUCUCGUGCGCCUCUGGAAUCUGAAAGCAGAUCUUGCUGGAGGCCAUCCUUUCGAGGCCCACGAAGACAUAGCACACACUACGCUCGAUGCAAUCUGGAUCGUUACCUUGGGUUCUUCAGCAGAUACUAUCGGAAGCCAGGCGAACAUGUUGGAAACCGUGCCAGGCAUGAAGCUUCCAGCUGGCAAAGACGUGCCAGCUGUAUUCCCUAAAGCUCCUCAUCCACCAGCAUUUGAUGCUGUCCUGACCAUGACGGAGUCGAUGACUCCGUUGAUAGCCUCACCGUUUCCCAAACUUCACCAUUGGAUUCUGCGGCAGAGCAAAUCGUACAAGGAUGCUAAGCGAUACAAAGACCAGGAGAUAGAUGCCAUGAUCAAGGCAGCGAUUGACAAGUUUUCUGAGGAUCAGAUCGAUGCUCUGGAGAAGCAAGGUAAAGAUCGAUCGGCUAUUGAUCAUAUGAUUCGACGCGAGCUCCUAGUAUCCAGGAAGGAAGACAGAAGUCCCCAAGAUGAACUCUUUGGCUUCCUCAUCGCUGGCCACGAAACAACUGCUACAACCUUCGCUUGGGGAGUGAAGCUGCUGAGUGACAAUGCGCAAGCACAACUCAAGCUACGUGAAGUAUUACGCUCAACUUACACCAAUGCCACUAUGGAGAAGAGACAACCUACUGCCAAAGAAAUCGCCACCUUGCACCAUCCUUAUAUCGAUGGUGUGUUGGAAGAGAUCUUGCGUUUGAGUGAUACAGUGGCAGUCCUCAGUAGACUCACCAUGGUCGACACUGACGUGUUUGGCAUACGUAUUCCCAAGGGUACUGACGUGAACUUCUUGACAUACGCCGGCUACAUUGCGCCAUCGGUCGGUACCGUAGAUGAACACAAGCGCAGCGCUAGCAGCCAGGCAUCAAAGGACAAGACCGGCGUUUGGGAAGAGUCUGACAUAAGCGGUUUUAAGCCAGAGCGCUGGCUGAAAACAAUGGGCGACGAAGACGAAGUCGAUUUUCAGAAAAAUGCUGGCCCAACACUUCAAUUUGGCGCAGGAGUGCGCGGUUGCUUUGGUAUGUUUUAUCGCUUCACAAACAAGAUCAAUCUUCUAACCAUCGCGCANGGACGCCGACUGGCAUACAUCAAGCUUCGCAUGCUUGUUGUUUUCAUCAUCUGGAACUUCGAGCUUCAGCCAGUUCCUGCAGAGCUCGGUACUUACCUCGCGAUUGACAAGAUCACUCAUCAGCCUCAGAAGUGUUAUAUUCGUCUGAAGAAAGCAGACUGGUGA